GCCUCAGCGCCCGUCUUGUCUCCCGCUCUCUGCUACCAUGGGCCACGUGAGGAGCAGAAGGGAUGCAGUUGGGCAGAGCCAAAGUGCGCGAGUUGCUGCUGCUGCCGCUGCCCACUGCAGUAUUGAUGACCCAAUGAUCCCCUGCAGAACUCCGCCAGCCGGGCAGACAGAGUGAGGUGAGCCUCGGAAUCCGAAUCAGCCGGCGAGCCGACGGCACCGACCGCUCAAGUGGGACGCAAAUGGUCUUUGAAUCUUCCAUAGAGGACAACAGAGUCGAGGCCCAACCGAGUAUGUCCACUGGAUGAGCGAUCUCUUGGCAUAUUUACGCACCGGACAAACUGGCCGUCUUGUGUGCGGCGCCGCUGAGAAAAAAGACUGCAUCAUCCAAGGGCCUGAGCUCUGGGCCGCAGGGCUCCUGGCUCAUGAUGACCUGCCGCCAGUGACUGGCCAGCCCUCCUCUGCAGCCCCAGCGCUGGCCAACGGCGUCCACCCGCAGCGCAGGGGCGGGCACCGCACCUACCCACCCAAUCGGGCGGUGACCGGCGCGGAGCCACCGACAAGGAUGCAAACGCAUAUGGACACACAGAUGCUUUCUAAUGCUAGCUCGGACUCUUGCGGCUCUCCGGAGGCCCAACCGUCCAAAAGUCGGAGCACGACAUCACCUCGGCCUUUGAUUUUAGCGCUUGGCAAUCAUCCGACCUCUGCCAAUCAGUCGGCGGGGCGGACCCUCGCUUCAGAAAUGAACACACCCGCAAACGUUUGUCCCGGCACUGGCUCAUCGCCUCUUGUCGUGGAGGCCGAGAGGAAGUAUGCGCUGCGCAGCUCCGGACGGUCCCGUUUCCCGUGUAAUGUGCGCAAAUCCUCCCGCCUCCGCCGAAUCCCGGAGGACCCCGAAAGGAGAGCGGAGAAGGAGAGAGAAGAUGAGGAGGCGCUAGACGCUUCUGAGGAAAAGUUCUGGAGGCUUAAAGAGGAGCAGGUGGAGGAAGCAGUCACAACAAAGGAGCACCUGACCACAGAGGCCGUCACCCCCGCGGGAUCCUCCCCUGUAGCUGCUCCUCUUGCGCUAACCGUCCCCAAAGCGCCCCCAAAACCCGGGCCCAGACUCGGGCACAGACCUGGACCUAAAUCUCGCUCGAGGCCCGCUCCCAAGUCAGUUCAGAAACCGGGUCCUAAAAGUGUCAUGAGACGCCGUCUGGCAGCACAAGCCGCCUUGCGGUGCGGUGCCACGUAUCUGCCGCCGCCCGUUGCGCCGGCACCAAUCGUGAAAAAGGAGCUGGAGAUUUUCUCUCCCACUGGCCGGAGGUGUGGACGUUUUGUUGGAGUGAGGAAGAUCGUGGUCAAGGUGGCUCGUAUUCCCUUCAGCCUUGGACGGCGACAGAAAAGCUACAAGAUCUCCAGUGUGGAGACCAUCACGGCACCAGAGAAGGGUCAUAUUGGCACCGCGGCGGGCCCGGACGUGGUUCGGGAGCCCACGGCGCUCCUCCGCAUAAAGAACAACGGCAAAAGCGUCAUGGUCAUGUUCCCGCCCGGAGAGCUGCCGCUUAUCGUUAAACGCAGGCGAGGUCGACCGCCCAAACAACCGGCCCUCAUGAUACCGGGGGAGAGCCCUGCUCCCUGUGGCGACGGAGAGCAGGUCAAGAAGCCCCGGAGGAGGCGGCGGACUAAACUCCCCUGCCCCUAUCCGUCCUAUGUCGGGGACACGGAUGACGUGAAGACCGAGUAUGGGGAUGUCCUUUCCAAACUGGCCUUUUUGAAUCGCCAGCCGCCCGCCACCGGCCGAUGCUCCCCCCCUCACUGCUGGGCACCCGGCGAGCCGGAAAAUUUCCAUACCUCCUCGGAAAACCCGGCAAUCUCCACCCUGCUGCACCGGCUCACCGGGUCCAGGCGGCCACGGGGCAGCAGAGGAGGGGGCGCUGGGAGGGGUGCGGCUGGCGGCAGCGAGCACAACAAGAGCACCUUCUCUGAAUUCUUUGAGUCCAUCGGCAAGAAACGCAAACCGGGCCCCCUCUCAGAGGACGGAUUACCCAGAAAACGGGGGAAGGGUGUCGGCAGAGGAGGGGGUGUGGUCGGAACCGAGCCCGGGGCUGAGAAAACGGUCAGAAAGAGACGCGUGAGGAAAAAUGGCACAUUGAAAGGGGAAGGAGACUUCGUGGGACAGGAAUGGCCCAACGGUUCCGGGGGCUGGGGUGACGAGGGUGCCGACAAACGCUACUGCGGAUCCACAAGGGGGGGCUUUUCCUCCUGCGAGGUCGGCAGGAGAGGCGCCUACGGCCGCGGAAGCAGAGGCGCCCGGCCAACCGGGGACGAUUCGCAAAGUUUGUUUGCGGGAUAUUUUCGAUCUUUGCUGGACUCUGAUGACUCGUCCGAACUUCUGGACAUCUCGCAAUCAAACGCACGCAAAGCUUCAUCUGCUCACGGUUACGAAGCAUCCGGCCCGCCAACCCCUCAGCGGUGGUCCGUAUCAAAGUGGGGGGCCAACGGGGCAAGUUCUGCGGCAGAGGGUUCCAUGCAGGCGCACUGUGCCUCUGCCGGGCCUCCUUACAACUACACUAGCCAGACUCAAACGUCCCCCACUCCUUCCAACUAUCCAAAAUCCAAUCCGCCGUCCCUCUCGCAGUCCCCCGGUUCCCCCCACCCUUCGGGCUACGGCCACUACUCUCCCGCCUAUGCCGCCUCCUCUUGCGCAGGGCCCCAGAGACCCUCAGACUGCAGUUUCUCUUGCAAGACCGGAGUUCACGAGCGUGGCCAGCCGGGCUACUACCAGGCGGGGGCCAGGAAGGGCUUCGGUGGAAGUCCCGCCACAGGACCCACGUCGCCAGGUGCCGGCUACAUGGCGGUGGCCAAAGGCAGCCCCUUUAGCUCCUCGUCUUCACCAGAGUGUUACAAACAGUACAACAGCAACCAGUGGAGCUUCAGACAAGGUUAUGGCGGAUGGUCGGCAGACAAUUUUGGGCCUCACGCUUACGGCGACUACGGCUCCAAUGAAUCAAAGGACAUCUUGGACAUCUCCAACUACACCCCGCAGAAGGCCAAGAGACCCCCUUUCCCCGAGAGUCUAUCUGAGUCCUCCUCCGAUUCCUCGCAUCCCGGCUCAGGAGGGGCCGGAUGCGGACCUCCUCCCUCCAUGGGGCCAGUCUUCAGGCAGAGUGAAACGGCCAGCGGGGAAGGGGCUCAGUCCAGCCUGUCCAGCCUGGAAAAACUGAUGAUCGACUGGCACGAGAGCGCUUCGACGCCGUCCUACAACUGGAGCCAGAGCGUCCUCUUCCAGGGCGCCGGGACCAGCAAACCCGGCCGGGGGCGCAGGAAACGCUCUGAACAGUCGGAAAAAGAAGGCGGUUCCGUUUUACACUCGGAUUCCCCAUCCAGUCCUUCGCCGACACUUAGUCCCAAGCGGGGCGGGGGACGUGGCCGAGGGUCUCGAGGAGCCAGAGGGGGGAUGUCGGCGUGCUCAAGAGAGCGCCUUUCGGGAUCCAAAGGCAGAGGGAAAGCUGCUGCAGCUUCUUCAGCUCUGGAGUCUUCUGGUUUAUUCCAGGAGGGUUUGGACUAUUACAGCGGGGACAGUAGCAGCCUCUCUCCCUUGGCUACUCCCAAUUCGGCUCCCGCUUCCAGUUACCUCCAGGAUCCCUGCGAGUACCCCUCCCCUUAUUCCGCCCACCCCUCAACACCAUCCUCUGAGGAGCCAUAUCCAGCCUUGUACCCCGGCGAGUCCUCGUCCUCCCUUUCACCCGGUGUUUCCUCCCCCCCUCCCCCUUACCCUUCCAAACCGCAAUCCUACCACCUCGCCCCCUGCAGAAACUUCUCGCCAUCCUGCUCCCCUUUACCGCGGGUCCCACCCCACUGCAGCUCGGCAAUGAGCCCCUCAUACCGGCCCCCUCCCAAAGAAGUGCCGUUCUCUCAGUACGACUCCCCCAGUUACUGCGGCUCCCCCUACUGGUACGGACAAACGUCACACAGCGGCACCCCCAGCCCCAGUACGCACCCGCACACCAGCCCGCACGCCAACACUCACGGGACCCUGCUGGCGAGCCCCAACGCGCACAUGAACCCGCCGCCGCCUCACGACCCGCAGCAUCACCUGAGCUCCCACGCCAAAGCCUACGCCGCCCAGGCGCACGCCAACAAUCAUCCCCAUCACCCAGCGCAGGCUGCCGCCCACUCGGCGCCCUCGCUCUACGACGAGUGUGGCGCCGCGGUCGCCCACAAGCAGGAGCUGAUGGCGCGUCAGGGCCUCCUCACGCCGUUCGCUAAGAGCACCCUAGAGGACGACCCCGGCGCUUACUCACUGUCCCAGCUUUCCUGCCAAGCCAUGGGGCACCGCUACCCGUCGCAGCAGGGAGGCGGCGUGCUGUGCCAGCUUCUGGACCAGGGCCACGAUGAUGGCUUUAGCGUGACCAGCCUGUAACGGGAGGUGAGUCAUUCACGUACGUUUUUGAGUGCUGCCCACGUGUCUCCAAACAAACCGUUUCGGAUGCUGAUUGACAUAAUCCCACCCUCACAUUGGUUGUCUACACUCGUGACUUGGUCGCUAGCUCAGGGAAGAGCCUCCGUUUUCAUUUUCCGUUCCGGCUCUUAUUCCCCAACGUCUCAUGUCACUUUCUCUUCCUCCCUCUUUGUCUUUCUUCCUCUUCUCUUUGCAGGUGCGUUCAAUCUGCUCCUUUUGAAGCAUUCGUUUUCUUUCCCUCGCUUUUGUACGCUUGACUUCUUUGUGGAAGGCUGAAAGGGUGAACAUUUUUACCUGCCAGCUUUUUUGGGGACAGCAGAGCUUUAAUUCUCCGGCAUUGACAAUCAAGAUCAACCUACGAACACACACAGGGACAGACGCAUGUGCACAAAAGAAUCAUGCAAGUUGGACUCCAAACAGUUCCACUUUUUUUUCUCCCCCCCCCCCCCCUCCAAACCGUCGUUUUCUUUCUCUCUGCCGCCCCCUUGUCCUUCCUCUGCCGUCCCCGCCUCUUGCCGCUGUGCACGCUUUGAACACGCCCGACGUCCCCUCCUCGCGUGGACCACUCCCCCGCUUUUCUUCAAACACCAGCAUCUGUACAUACUCUCUUACAUGCUCUGUCUUUUGCUGUUUUCACUACACUCAAAGGACCCUAAAGACUGUGUGUGUGUGUGUGCGCGCGCGUGUGUGUGUGCGUGUGCACGUUUGCGUGACUGCAGUCAUGCAUGCGUGCGUGUGCCUAUGGGGUCCUACCGAGUGGGCUUCUUUCACUCUCUUCUGUUCCGUGGUCUCGUUGUUGUUGUUUAGUGGGUUUUUUGUGGCGCGACUCCCCCCCCCCCCCCCCCCCUACAAAAAAAACUGUUGUAUAUCUGUUCGUUACAAAUGUAUGUAUGUAUGUAUGUACCCGAGGUGCAAAAAUAUUUAAAUACACAUUCUGUUCUUGCCAUUGGUAACAGCGUGUGCCUAGUAUCUAAUUCCCUCCCCAAAAGGAUUAUGACGAGUUAGCAUGUUGGGUUUCAGUCCGGCUGUCUGGGAGCGAGUUCAGAUGAGGACAUUAUUUGGGAAGGGGAGGAGGAGGGAGGCGUGAUAGAAAGGGAUGACUGCGAGAACGUCGGGAGUUGUUUGGCAUUUGUUGCUCCGCUGGCUCGACAGACGGGAGUUGAUUGGCCGCUUGUUGUGUAUAAACUUUGUCAACAGGCUGACACAAACCAUUGCCUUUACUGUGACAUUCCCGCCGCAUCGCAAUAGGAGAGGUCUGCUAAAGACAAAUUGUCUUUUGAGCACCCUGCAAAGUGUUUAUGGCCAUUUUCUGCUGUUGCUAGGUGAUCGCAAUCACGCCGCGCACACCGAUCUUUAUUAUUUUCCAUCCAAUCGGCUUCCAUGAUGAUAUUCAACAAAUUUGAAUUCAGCAUCAGGCCUUACUUCCACUUUUUAAUAUUCAUGCGUCUGUCUGUGGCUCCUGAGUUGCUUAGGAGCAAGCUAACAUAAAAAUACUUUCUAAUUAGCAGAACAUUGAAUUUAGAGCAUAUUUCUUUAUAAAACACGUGUCAAAAAAGUCAUCCCUUUAAUGAAGGCUCAACACCAAAACCUUGCAAAGGACUUGUUUUUAAUUGGUAACAAUGAGGUCAAAAGGUCGCAGGAUGGCGACAUCCCAGCCCGAGGCUCUGCUCCAUCGAGCCGGAGAAGAGCGAUGAGCCCGACGACGAUUCCCCUCAUGGAGGAUGAGAGUGGCCACCGGUAUGUCAUAUUUCAUCUUCAAUAUAUUCCAGGAGACAUUAAAAGGAUGAGUUUGCAGUUUCAAACAUCCAUCCAUCCAUUUUCUGUACCGCUUAGUCCCCACGGGGGCUGCGGGCGUGCUGGAGCCUAUCCCAGCCGUCAUCGGCCAGUAGGCGGGGGACACCCUGAAUCGGUUGCCAGCCAAUCGCAGGGCACCUAGAGACAAACAACCAUACGCACUCGCACUCACACCUAGGGACAAUUUGGAGUGCUCAAUCGGCCUACCAAGCAUGUUUCAAACAUUUUUGAAAAAUCAUUUAAAUACAACCCCCCUCCCCAUUUAGCUGCAAAUUCCUCCAUUUGAAUUUCUGCAUGCAGCCUAGACCAGGUGAGAUCAGAUUUUGCAUCUGUUCCCCUUGUGUCUCUUUUACCAUUUGGCCUUCGCAACCUCCAUCAACGCAGCGCCUCAAAGAACUCACACACACACACACACACCUUUUUUUUCCACUCUUUUCUGCACAAGGCUAAACUCUGACUCAUUGCAGUGAUUCAUAACCCCCCACCCCGCUACUUAUCUCUGUUGCCAUGGUGACCACAGAGCUCAGUCUUGGUUGGGGCGGGGGGGGCUUUAUAUUCAACGGUACAUGAUUUGUACAUGGCCUCUGUAGUUUUGGUGUCUCGCCGCAGUCGCCAAACUUUAUUGUGCUUUGGCAUACAUUCAAGGACUGGCAUACCAAUACAAACAAACCAAUUGAUGAGAUAGAAUUUUACUUUAAUGAGCUGGUCCUACUUUGGACUAAUUAUAUUAACUUUGAUAGUUGCUGGUCUUUAGGCCCAAGUGCACAAAUGAAGACUCCUUUAAAUCUAUUCAUAUUUUUUUCUGGUUAUAUAGAUCAAAAUACAUUGCACUAGGGUAUAUAGUAGGGGUGUAAAUUGCGGGUUUUGUCACGAUACGAUAUCAUAUCGAUACAAAGAACUACUAUAUGAUAUUUGCCGAUAUCUUAAAGCCUGCUGUGAUUCAUUCACGAUAUAUCACAAUAUAGUGCUCUACGAUCGAUAUUUUUUAAAUUUUUUUUAAUAAAAAAUAUUGAACAAUAUCCUGAUUUAUAACAAUUCAUACGCAAAAUCAACAAGGUACUGCAAACUCUUUAUUUAGGAAAUUACAAGAGUAUUGUAGUAUACAAAGUGCUUAUUUUAACACUGAACUUUGAUGUCGUGUUUUUUCUUUAAAUGUGCGGCGAGAUUUGUGCUCCCUGAAUAUUUGAUCACCGCAUGGCAGGAUUUACAAACUGCACGUGUCUUGUCCGUUGAGCCAUCUUUUCUUUGGAAUCCAUAGUGCUUCCAAACGAAUGACUUGAAGCCUAAAGGGGAGCAAAUGUCCUCGUCUCUUUGGACAUUAGCCAUAGCACCAGCCCAGGAGCCGCGUACUAGUUGUCGCCUCCCCUUUCACGUGCGUGCUCUGCUCACAACACAGCAACGCCGGGCGCACUGCUCCCGGAGAGAGGAAGCAAGCAACAAUGAACUGGAUUUCAAAAUAAAGUCGCGUCUAAUGUCCGAGGUCAAACACGGCGAUAUAAAUCGAUGUUUACGUUUAGCAUCGAUGCCAAUAAAUCGUAGAGCAUUAUAUCGAUUAAUCGAUGUGUAUCGAUGAAUCGUUACACCCCUAGUAUAUAGUCAUGUGUUUAUGUACUCAGCCAGCCCUUUGGAGCUGCAGCCUCGAGCCAAAGAGCCAAAGUCAUUCUCUGCAGAACUCCACCGUAUCGUCCUCCACCACAGGUAUAGUGCAUACAAUGGAACCUCUUCCAUGUUACUUCCACGCAUUGUUUUUCCUACAUUAAGCUUCUUCCCGUCAAAUAUAGUCUUCGGUCUAUGUGUAUGACGAUAAAUCACACGUGACAGUGUGUUUCAUUCAUGUUAAGUAUAGUGUGUGUGCGUUGCCUUUUUUCGCGUUCAAUUCUCCAGGGUUCUCAACAUGGGUCAAGACAAGGCGACCCCUCCACACGCCCACACGCCAAUUUUGCUGUCGUGUGCAAAGGAGUGGCUGUUUCCCUUUGCACACACGCUGUGCGUUGCCUCUUCCUUCAGGUGUGCGCGAGAACGGGACUGUGCGUGCCCACCCCACCAAGCCAACGCAGUCCUCAGCUUCCACCCAGCCUGGACCACUCAGGCCCGCGUCGUCUUUAGGCUGCGCUGUCCAGCGUUUUGAUUCCAGCGGCGCCGCUGCAUAUGUUGGUCGCCGCGGCAACGCUUUGGCCGGUCGCCAUGGUAACACAGGCCUUGCCCCCCCCCCCCCCCCAGUACAGGACGUACGGAGAAAACGCACAGCAGGCGCCGAGCCGGUGUGUCGCAGAGCCGGUGUGUCGCAAACCCUGGCGGGCAUAGUGGCAGAGUUGGGGCACGGUACGCAUGCACACAAAGCUCUUAAAAAAUAAAAGGGGUGAGAAGCAAAUAUACCUUAGAGCCCCUCACAAACACAAAGAUGUCAUACUCAUACUUAGGUUCCUAUAGCAACAGAGCUCUGCGCCAUCCAUGGCUGCCAUGGCAACAGUUCCUUCAGGCUCAAUUACAGCCUGUAACCACAAGGGGGCCCCGUAUAGCCACUCUACAAUCAACCUAUGCGACUCUUGAGUACUCAUUAUACUACCGAGUACUAAUACCACGAGUACCUAUGAAACAUAACAUUUCAAUUGACAUAAUUACAGAACAACAUACAUUAUACAUUUUUAAUAGAUAACGAAUACAUAAACUAAAUAUACAAAAUAAAAUAAUCUAAAUUUGAAGGUACAUUGUUUCCAAAGUAGAUUUUAAAACUAUAAGGUAGACAAAAUAAGACAACCCCAGUCUUAUCAAUGCUUGCAUGAAUAAAAAAAUAAGUAUUAUUAUGUUCUCGCAGUGUGCAA